ACGGCCGCAGCCGCCGCCGGGCUUUUUGCGUAACACCUUCGCUAUAAAUUCCCCGGCUCCGCGCUCCCGCUGGCUGCCUGCUCCGCUCCAGAGUGCGCCGCGCCGCGACCAUGGCUCCUUGGCCUGAGGUGGAAAAUGCCCAGCCUAACUCUGAGGAGUGCACCACGAAAGGCAAGGAGACCCACAAAGAUGACACCGGCACCCCUGGCACCAAGAUUGAACUCCAGCCGUCCCAUUCUGCCAUGGCUCUGGUGGAGGAGCCCCCAAAGGUGGAGGACCCCUGGGACCUGCCCGAGCUUAAGAACACAGGGAUCAAGUGGUCAGAGAGAGACACCAAAGGGAAGAUUUUCUGUGUCUUCCAAGGGAUUGGGAAGUUCAUCUUGAUUCUGGUAUUUCUCUACUUUUUCGUGUGCUCCUUGGAUGUGCUCAGCAGCGCCUUCCACCUGGUUGGAGGAAAGGUGGCCGGAAAAUUCUUCACCAGCAACUCUAUUAUGUCCAACCCCAUGUCCGGGAUGGUGAUCGGGGUGUUGGUGACAGUCCUGAUUCAGAGUUCCAGCACCUCCACGUCCAUCGUCGUCAGCAUGGUGGCCUCUUCCCUGCUGACCGUGCGCUCUGCAAUCCCCAUCAUCAUGGGAGCCAACAUCGGAACCUCCAUCACCAACACCCUCGUGGCUCUCUUGCAGGCAGGAGACCGGAAUGAGUUCAGAAGGGCUUUUGCAGGGGCCACUGUCCACGACUUCUUCAACUGGCUCUCCGUGUUGGUGCUCUUGCCUCUGGAGGCAGCCACCGGUUACCUGGAGCGCCUGACCAGCACGGUGGUGGAGAGCUUCCACUUCAAGAGUGGAGAGGAUGCCCCAGAACUUCUGAAAGUUAUCACUGAUCCCUUCACGAAGCUCAUCGUCCAGCUGGAUAAAACCGUUCUCCACCAAAUUGCCUUAAGUGAUGAAUCAGCCCGAAACAAGAGUAUGAUCAAGAUCUGGUGUGAAACUUUCACCAGUGUGAUGGAAAAGAAUGUCACCGUCCCCUCACCUGAGAACUGCACCUCCCCCUCCCUCUGUUGGACGGAUGGUUUGUACACCUGGACCAUGAAGAACAUCAGCCACAAGGAGAACAUUGCCAAGUGCAAACACAUCUUUGUGAAUUUCGAUCUCCCGGAUAUGGUUGUGGGUACCAUUCUGGUGAUAACUGCCCUGCUGGUCCUCUGUAGCUGCCUGGUCCUAAUGGUUAAAGUCCUAGGCUCUUUGCUCAAAGGGCAGGUAGCUGUGGUCAUUAAGAAGACUAUCAACACAGAUUUCCCUUAUCCCUUCAGCUGGGUGACUGGCUACCUGGCCAUCCUCGUGGGAACAGGCAUGACAUUCAUCGUGCAGAGCAGUUCCGUGUUCUCGUCGACUCUGACCCCGCUGGCGGGUAUCGGUGUGAUAUCCAUCGAGAGGAUGUAUCCACUCAUGCUGGGUGCCAACAUCGGCACCACCACCACCGCCAUCCUGGCCGCCCUGGCCAGCCCAGGAGAUACCUUGAAGAGCGCCCUCCAGAUCGCCCUGUGCCACUUCUUCUUCAACGUCACAGGCAUCGUGCUGUGGUACCCAAUCCCCUUUGCCCGGCUGCCCGUCUUCCUGGCCAAGUGGCUGGGCAACAUCUCAUCCAAUUACCGCUGGUUCGCCAUCGUCUACCUGGGCUUCUUCUUCUUCCUCACCCCGCUGACGGUGUUUGGCCUCUCGCAGGCUGGUUGGCCGGUGCUGGUGGGCGUGGGGGUGCCCAUCGUCUUCCUCAUCCUCCUGGUGUUAUUCAUUAAGCUCCUGCAGUCCCGGUGCCCACGCGCCCUGCCCCAGAAGCUCCAGAACUGGAAAUUCCUCCCCUUGUGGAUGCGCUCGCUGGAGCCCUGGGACAAGGUGAUAACUGCGCUCGGCAGGUGCUGUGGGAAGCGCUGCUGCUGCUGCUGCCGCGUCUGCUGUAUGCUGUGUGGCUGCUCCAAGUGCUGUCCUUGCUGCAAGUGCUGUGAAGACCUGGAGGAGGUGCAGGACGUCACCGUUAAGUCCCCCAAGGCUUUUGAUAACCCGGCCAUGGACAAAGAAGCCCAGGACGGGGCCCCCAGGUCCGAGACUGUUUGCAACAUCACACCCUUGUAG